AUGGAUACUGAGCUGGAAGCUUUUUUCUGGCCGGAGUUUCUUGAGGGCUGCCACGACUUAUCAACAUCCGGUGCCUUUUCUCACCAAGAUGCUCCAGGAGAGAUAGAAUAUUUUUAUCCAGAAUUCUUUUCGUUGUCUGUGGCUUUCAAUCCUCACGCCGAGUUCCCGUAUCCGUAUUCUGGAAUCCCUCCGGAUACCAUUCUACAAUCGUCGGACCAAAUCCUGUUCUAUGUUCAUCGCGAUCGAUUGCAGACGCGAUCCCGCAACGGGUUUGGAGGCUUGUUGAAGAAAGCAGGGGCUCGCGUCGUGAUCCGACCAACGGUACACCAAGUCUCGGAGCCCAGCCAAAUCAUCGAUCGGUUGCUUCACAUACUUUACGGUAUUUCUUCCCGCGUCUCUAAUCCCGACCUGGAAGUAAUGUUCCAAGCUUUCGAUGCGCUUGAGAAGUAUGGCUGCCCACUCUCAGAGUGUGUACCCCCCGAAUCAGAAGUGUUCACCGAUAUUAUUGCCCAAGCUGCGGAUCCUCUCUUGAACCCGCUCUCCGUUUACAUAUUAGCAGCCUCUCGAGGCCUCGAACAGCUGGCGGUAGCGUGCUCAUUCCAUGUCUUGCGCGUGCCGUUUACAUCUAUCGACGAGCAAGCUGCUAUCACCAUGGGACCGAUAUACUUUCUUCGACUCGGGCGUCUUGCUAACGAUCGGAAGAAAGCGUUGAGCAAGUUGCUCCUGAGAUUCCCUGACCGGCAUGAAAACGCGAUAUCGUGCAGCCUGGAGUGCCAGAAUGGUGUCAUGAGAGCGUAUGGGCUCAUUGCAGGUUACCUGACUUGGGAGGCCAAGCCAGAUGAAGACGGGGAAAGGAUCAAGAGGUGUUUCACAAAGUUAUUGGGCAGCGUGGACUGUCCGAAAUGCAAAGAGAAUGUUUCCAAGAGCGUGCAACGAAUUCUGGACGGAUGGGCAGAGGAGCGUUUGUCCGAUUCGGCCCCCAAAAUUCCCCCAGUCAUGCGGCCCGCUUUCACAGGAACACGACAAAGGAACAAGCAGGAUUGA